GACCACAAACGCAUUCAUUUUUACAAUACGUCGAUCGGAAACAACACGGGCACCAUCGAAUAAUAUCGGAGCGAUGUAUUGUUACAGAGAAGGCAGCGACAAAACGCGCCGGGUCUGAUCUCAGUAGAAACUCACGAUGAGGCCACCAGAAUUAACUAUGAACUUGUGCACGGUGUCAAUAUGGCUAAGUAUUUUACCGAUGGCUCUUAGUGAAAUGGCGAGGCGAGAUGUCUUACAGACUCUGUUAGUCAACAGCUCUUAUGACAACAGAAUCGCACCUAAUUACGAGGAAGAUAGAGCGACCAACGUAACAUUAAAGUUGUCCGUCAUUAGUAUCGACUCCAUCAAUGAAAUAUCAAUGGAUUUCUCUCUCAACCUUUUUCUCUACCAAACUUGGGUGGAUCCGCGCCUUAAUUUUACCAAACACAGUAACUUUUCAAGUUUGGAACUUGAUCAAAAGAUGAUAGAGAAUGUUUGGGUACCUGAUACGUAUUUCCCCAACGAAAAACAAGCUACAUUCCACACGGUGACGGUCAACAACAAACUGCUUCACAUUUACCAGAACGGCACGGUGUUCUACAGUAUCAGACUGUCGAUGACGCUGACGUGCACGAUGAAACUUCACAACUUCCCGCUAGAUGACCAGGAAUGCAUCAUCUUCAUGGAGAGCUAUGCUUACAGCAUAGAGAACGUGGUCUUCCAUUGGGACGAGAAGAAACCCGUGAUAAUGAUGAACGCAGAUAAAACGGAUGAACAGGAAACACCACAGUUUUAUUUUUAUAACCCCAUAGAGACAGGCUCGUGUGAGAAGACCACGUCCUUUGGACCUAAUAACGAAUUUGCGUGUCUCCAGGCUAAACUUUUCUUCAGGAGAAAUAUUGGAUACUACUUAGCACAGAUUUUCGUUCCCAGCAUUCUUAUCGUCAUUCUGUCCUGGAUCUCAUUCUGGAUUCACGUGGAUGCAGUUCCCGCGAGAAUAUCGCUAGGCGUUUUGUGUGUCCUUACCAUGACAACCCAGAGUUCCGGUAUUAGAAAUUCCCUUCCACGUGUGUCCUACAUAAAAGCAAUAGAUGUUUGGAUGUCCAUGGGGCUGGUGUUCGUGUUUGCCGCUUUACUAGAGUAUGCUUACAUAAACGUACAAACACGGAGACAUGUCAAAUAUACAUCUAUGAAGGUCCAGUCUCGGCAGUCCGAAAAAGGACCCAUGCUUCCAUCGAAUGGAAUACCGGAAUCGUGGAGAGACGUCGAUUUCCUCCAGAGGGCGCGGCAAGUGGAUAAGAUAUCACGGAUCGCUUUCCCAGCCAGCUUUCUUGUGUUCAACAUUGUGUUUUGGACUUAUUACCUGAUGCAGCGGCAUGCUUUGGAUUAGGAUUAACGUCAUUGGGUUACGUUAAGAACGAAAACCUGUUCAUUGAUGCCUCGCAAAGCUUUCAAAGCAUUCCUCAUUUUCCGAAAGUUUCAUUACAACUAGGUGUUGUUGGAUUUUAUUUCAACUUCCUGCUUAAAAUCAGAAAUAUCCUAGAGCUUUUUUAUGUACUAGUAUUUCUAAUUAUUUGUUUAAAAUGCGUAAAAUCUAGACUAAAUAUAUGUUACCAAUACAGAUCACAACCUCUUUCACAUACGUUGUACAAAAUCUAUACAACAGGUCAUUGACUGAAUCUUUGGGGAGUACAUGUACCUAUGAUAGUCGCGGGAGUGUUGUACGAAAGAAGUAUAAUGCCGUGAGUUAUAUUACGACAGUAGCUCAACUGUCACAGGUUAUAUUACGACAGUAGCUCAACUGCUGUGAGUUAUAUUAGGACAGUAACUCAACUGCUGUAGGUUAUAUUAGGACAGUAGCUCAACUGCCAUAGGUUAAAUUAGGACAGUAGCUCAACUGCCUACAAAAUGUUACAUGAUUGAUUUCCUGGCUAUACUUAUCAUGAUUGGAUUUCAUACAUAUGUUUCCUUUCAAAGACGAUCUAACCUGUCAGAGCUGGAGCAUUUGAUAGUCGUGUGACAGCCAUACAACAAAGAAAACGAGAAUGGCAGAGCGAAGUGCAAAGGUGUGGCCUUGCAACAAGCGUAUACAUCUGUGAAUGAACUUUAGACAAUCUGAUCCUAUUAAUUUCGUUCGGCGUUCAUGGAUUCCAUGUUGGACAUUCGCGGGGUUAUUGUAAGCCAUUCAGGAUUACGAUGCUGCGAGCCUUAAGACUCAUAGGCCCUUCACAACAAAUCGCGGAUGGUCUAGAUCACCGGGCGCCAGACUGACAAAUCAGGUGCGUGAUAGUUAUAAGGGAUCUUAAAACAUUCCUAAACAUGUUCAAAACACUACAACAAGGCUUACACUGAAGGCAUGUGUAUUUCGUACAACACACCUGCGACUGAUGUCUAAUUGAUAUUACACUUUAUUUGACUGACCUGUUAUGUGCCAUAUGUGACAGAAGAAUGUCCACCUAUACCAUGCGCAAGUCAACUAUGCAAAACUAGCACGGCAAUAAAAUCGUAGGUUGUAUUUGGUAUAUAUACAUUUGAGGAAUAUAAGACACCUACACUGGAUAUGUACUUCUAACUGACGCAUCCAUUCACUGAUAUUCGACACCUAAAUAAUUCACCUUAUUGACGCAUCCAUUCACUGAUAUUUGAUACCUAAAUACUUCACCUUUAUGACGCAUCCAUUCACUGAUAUUCCAUACCUAAAUACUUCACCUUAAUGACGCAUUCAUUCACUGAUAUUCCAUACCGAAAUACUUAGACUAGCCAAUCAAACCAUAACUGGUUAUUUUUAUCAUACGUUCUACAUGCUUCUAUGCUUUAUCAUUAAAAUAGUACCACAUGAUCCAUUGUUAUAAAGAAAACAUUCCCCUACAAAAAUAUCGGCCGGAAGGUUUUCUACAUAGAAAAAAUAUCCAUCUGGAUCUACAUAGAAACACCCCACCCCCUAAAUUUUUUCUUUAUAUAAAUAUACAUUUUCCCAUACAUUACUACAGAUGCAAAAAAAUCUUUAUGGUGGGUUUUCUGUUCGGAGAGGCUUCCCCAUUUAUCCGAAUAUAAUGUCAGAUUAUGUGAUGCAUAUCUUAAUUUGAAAUUCAUAUGACGACCAAGUGUUGCUUAUGACUAAAACAAUGUGAAAUGAAUGUCAGCUAAUUCUAUAUCUAAUACAUGAACUUCUGCUAUAUUUAACCUAUUUUCUAGAAAAAUGUCUUGUAGACUUCGUGUGGGUUACUAGUACUGUGUUUCUGCUUAGUAUACACCAAAUUUUCAUUGGUCAUUUUACGAUAUCAACUCAUGUGACCAUUUUUCUGAGCUGUACUGGUCAUACAGAAUGCAUCAAAUAUUUGAAAAACAUGUCUUGGUUAAAAGAAGUAUCUUUGCACCAUCAGCAUGCAACACGUUUUUAUGUUCUUGCUAGUGUGAUAUUCGGAUUAAGGCCAAUUUAAACUAAUGACACCAUAUUGCAAACCAAGAAAAUGACAUAUAUAUAAGAAAUAAAUUUCAUUUUUAAACGUGUUCACGCUUUACGCCAGCAUACUUCAUGAAGCAUGUUAGCGCUUUUUGAAAGUAUGUUUGUGUGAAGUGCUGUAGUUUCAAAAAUGAAAUAUCAACAUUUUUCUGUCGGAAUUCUCAGACGUUAAAACAGACGUACUAUAUCUAUCAAGAUUCAUACGCGCAUUGUUUACAACUGCAUUACGUUCAUGGGGAAAAAUGGCUAUCAAUAAAAUUUGCAAAGGUAUCAAAGGCAAAAACAUUAGAAAUGUAAAUACUUAUAAUUUAAUUAACCAUUUCAAAAAUGUAUAUACAUAUGUAGUAUAAACUUUUGCAAAAAAAGCUUUCGAUCAUACAGGUAGUAAAGGUUUCCCUUUUAGUCUUCUGAAUUGUGUUUGAGAACAUAAAAUCCAAAACGAUACCAAGAAGUACUUUUGAUUUAAAAGGGGGGGGGGUGUAGAAAUUGUCGAAAAUGUUUCCCCAGAAGGAGGGUUAUCUAUGUAGAAAACCUGACGUGGGCAGAGACUUCCAUGGUGUCCUGAGGUUUUCUCUAUUUGACACAGGAACCUAAAUCGCCCAUACCGACGCUGUCCUAAUAAUCAAUGUAGAUCAAAUUACUAGUCAGGUUUGUGCUUGAUUUUUUAGCGUUAAUUUUCACCAUACUUUAAUAUAUUGGGAACUUUUUUACUUCCAUUGAUUACGUCAAUCUGCUGCUCGUUCAAAACAUGGGAAAAUGUUAAUAAUCGUUGAUUACGUCACUGCUACACGUUCAUAUUUUUACGUCACUGUGCUUUUUGUAAGGGUGCAUUGUUGCGUUAUUUGAACAUCAAUCAAAGAGCAUCAUUCAUUGUAAUUCAGACAGAAUAUCUUAAACAUUUUCCCACAAUCAGUUGCAGAGUAUAUAUUUCAACAUGUUAGAAAACCAUUAUUUGAUGAUAUCGUCGUGAUGACGUCACGAAUUAUAGUUUCGUCCCUUUUACGUCUGUCUUCUUCCACACAGGUUCUUGUGGACAGGACUUCCGGUACCCCCUUCUUGUAUUUUUGAACGUUCAUAUCUUAUGAUCGGUGAUAUGACAUUUUAAAAAACGGUAUCUUUGCGAGAUUUGGGUAUCCAUUGAAUUAUAUACACUCUGAAGUUACCUAUUUUAUCAAAAAUACGCCCGAAAUACCCAAGGAAUCGAACAUUCAAAAAUACAAGAAGGGGUUUCGGAAGUCCUGUCCACAAGUACCUGUGCUUUUGCAUUAUGUUCCUUUAGAGCUGCAUGUAUACAUGUUAAUAUUAGCUGUAUGUUAUAACAGGGGGUGUAAACAAAGCGAGAACUACUUAGUAUUUAAUAUAAAGGCCCGCAUAAUUCAGUUGGAGUAUCCACCCCAUCUCCCACGCACAUUCAUUCAACGAAUCUGUUACGUCUGGUAAUGUGAGACACGCGUUCUACAUGAUGAAAUACUAUCAAUUGAACACAUUUCUGUUUCUGCCAACGUUAAUGUAUUAGUGCUAGGAAUACGAGGUGUUUGUUAUUGUUUGAUAUUUCUUCCUACACUUCUAAAUGACUUAUUUUCUCCCGUCCUUAGUCUUCAUACGACACUACACCUUUAACUUCUUUAAUGAUAGACUUCUAAUGUCAUGGUUAUACAUCUAUUACAUGAGUGAGAAUCCAAUACUUUACAGUUGUAAAUCAGGCACUUUGUGAAAUGCUACACAUUGUACGAUUUCUUUGUUUCAUUUGUCGAGUGUUUAAGCUUUCGCCUACUUUGAAUUAGACCUAGGUGAGCGAUUUGGGCUAAUUGUAGGCCUUAAUUUUAGAUUUUCAAAUUUUAUACGAUUGUUGAUUGUUCGAUUGAUUAUGAAAUAUACAAAUAAAGCAUUCGUGCACAGUGAA